AUGGCGGAUUCGGGGACUAUGGCGGCGUGGGCGGCUCUGGCAGCUGCAUUGCUCGCCUUGGUUGUUGCACUCGCCCAAGCCGCGCAGCAAUACGCCGCUACGGCACAGGAUAUGAAGAAAUGCGAAAGGUCGGUUUGGGGGCCCAUGCCUGGCUAUGCCGGCCGUCGUGUCUUUCUCUGGCGCCAGAUUCGAUUCCGCAUCGUCUUCGACGUGCCCAACAUCUUCAUACCCACCGAGUACUGGGAAAAGCCGGGCAAUGCACGACAGUUUCCCACCCAUCGAAUAACCACCUUACCGGCCCCCUUUGAUCCCCCUUCUGUAAAUACGGACACGGAGAGUGCAAUACACAACCACUCUGAAGCUUGUUGGGUCGCAUUUGCAAGGCAAGUCAGCCAUGUCUGUCCCUCUGCCGUCCGCGUCGGCCUCAUGGCUGGCGAUGCGGACCGGCUCCCCGCCGAUAUCCCGGUGGUGCCCAUGCAAGUGAGCCUGCGGGAUAUCAUCGCUCUUGGUUUGAUGAUCGGCAUGAACAUUCAGGAAGCCAACGACGACUAUAUCGAGAUGAGCGGGCCGUUUGGCUUCAUCAAGAGUAGUGACCACCCGAUCCUCGGCCGCCUCAUUCAUUUCUCCGCGUUUUCGACAACACCCCACAUCAAAGGACCUAAGACGGGCGAUAUCAGUAAAUCUUGGCUCCGUCGGCUCAUCGGUAUCGCAUCUGUUGCCAACCAACAAUUUGAUGGGCCGAAAAGGCGAUCUCAUGCGUCCGCCAUGAUGAGAUGGCGCACGAAUUCCACACGAAUCCCACUUAUAUUUGAGGAUAGUGAUACGAGAGGGAAGGGGGAAGAAGCAGGAGAAUUACAACUCAAGUUUGUCGAUCUCGAAGGGAAAGAACACACUGUGCCUGCAGAUGAAUGUUCAACAUGGCGAGAUUUGGUGCAGUUUCUCGAAAGCAAAGGCAUCGCAACAGCUCCUUACAUCAUCCUUGGCCCAGAGAACAAGGCGGUGGCCCCCAAGUCAUGGAAACCCCUGCUCAAGGUUGUGCGUAAAGGCCAUUUGAAAACUAUUUUCAAGAUUGCUGAAGGGGACUACCACCCAUGGCCACUUGCAACAGCGUCGCAUCUCAAGUCACCUUCCCAGGAGCCUAUUAUCAAAGAAAGGACAGACCAACAGAUCCGUUCAGACACAGAUAACAUCACAGAAUAUGCAACUAGGGCUCUAGAGGGCUCAGCUAGUCUGACCGAGGCCUAUCUGGCCGAAUCGGCAGAGAGCAUUACACAUGCCCACUCGGCAGAGAGCAUCAUACAUAAUAACCCAGUAGAGAGCAUUAUACAUACCAACCCGCUAGAGAGCAUUACAUAUGCCGAUCCAGCAGGGAGUGUUAUCUAUACCGACCCAGCAGAGAGCAUUGUAUGUGCCAACCCGGCAGAGAGUAUUACACAUGCCGACUCGCCAGAGAGCAUUAUACAUACCGACCCGACAGAGAGUAUCACACGUGCCGACUCGCCUGAACCCGGCAGAGAUAUAUCUCUGGACCUAUUUCCACAAGUGCAAAAUACGAUGGAGAGGGAUGGAUACUUUCCUAGUAGUCGAGGCUUUAUGGAUCCAGCGAAUCAAACUGCACUAAUACGAAUACAAGAUUUGUGGAAUGCAAUGAAGCACCCUGCGCUGACAGGGGUGGAAGACGGGGUUCCUGGAGAAUCUUGGAUCAACGGGUCGAGAGUACGCGUACUUGAGAGACCAUCACCAGUUCGAAUGCAAUAUCGACGCCCGACAGUUGAAGACUACAGCAACGGUGACUCCAGUAGCCCCAGCUUCAGCAGCCGUUCCUCUUCCCGGUUCCGCAGAGAGGAGAGGAGCGGUGGCUCUAGAAGCCCCAACAUCCGCAUCCGCCGCCGUUUCUCCCCUCCCCGGGUUCACAGAGAAAAUAGGAACGGUGGCUCUACAAGUCCCAGCCCCGUCCUCCGUCCCCGUCCCGACUUCCGUCCCCGGUUCCGCAGAGAGAAUUCAAGUAGGUACGAGGACUCUAGCAGCGCCAGCCGCCACCGUGAAAGUAGCCCCGGCUCGGAGCGCAAUUGGCGGUACAAACAGACAAGGGCCUAUGCCUCGAGCAAAACGCGCUGGGUCAACCCGGAACCGCCAAAGCUCACCUUUUACUGGGCGUCCCAGAUUGACAUUGAACUUGGGUGCUGGGCGACACCGUGGGGAGGGGGCUGGUAUAAUUUCGGCAUCGACGUCCUUGGCAUGCUGGUAGAUAUCGGUCUCGCUGGCUUGUCACAAACGGUUCGGUUGGCGCAGCCCAAGGCGAAUCGGUCGGCCGUUGACAGCAACAGCAACGAGAUCAUCUACGCCGAGUUUCCCGGCCCCUUAAUCUUGGAAGAUUUGUGGCUUCACCUCAGAGAGGGCCAACAUACUUGGCCCCCGUACGCGAUAAAUGCGCGGGGCGGAGUCAGAGGCCUGGCAACGCACUCGCUCGUCCGACACUCUGCAUUCAAGGAAGACGAACGCCUGCCACAACUGACGCUUUUAAACUCCGUACACAAAGCUCGCAUGUCCACUGUAGAAACAAGCACAGCAUCUCAGGUCCUGGAGCGACAUCGCAUCUUGGAGCUAGCGUCCAUCGACUUUUGGCUUUCUUGUGCCGCUACGACAGACAGCAUUUCAAAGGGCAAGUCGAACCUGAUUAUCAUCACCCCCGCCAUCGUUGAGGAGACGUGGGUUAGGUUCUUCGACGAGAUUAUGGACACCCGGAAGGAACUUUGGAACCUUGGCAGUGGUGAUAUGCAUGCCCGCAGGUUGGCCAACUCUAUUUCGGAUUUCCUCAGCGAUUUCUUGGGGUCACCUGCUGAGCUUUACUUUGUCUGGGUUGCCUUUCUGCGUGCUGUAAAGGUAAUGGAGUGUGUUGCCAAUGGGCCGUGUACGGAACCGGCACUUGACAUAUUUGCAAACGAUGUUUUGGUGUAUUUAGUCUAA